GGGGCGGGCUGGCAGCGGGCGGGAAGCCGGCGUGCGGAGUGGUGGGGAGUUCGCCUCCGUGCUCGCAGAGCUGUCGCCAGCGAGCCCGUCGUGUUCCGUGUGGCUGAUCCUCUCAAGGCGUCGGGUAUCGCCGGUCCCCGGCGGUGGUUUAUCGAGGCCGCCGGGGCUUUGGGCAGCGACGUCUGCCAGCGGUACCGUCCGCGGAGCAGCGGCUGCGCUUCUGCCUUCCUGCUGCCCCCGCCGGGGCCUUCGUGCCUUUGUUUGGGCUCCUCGGUGCUUGGCUGUCGCAAAUAUGAAGGUCAUCACUUGUGAAAUAGCAUGGCAUAAUAAGGAGCCUGUUUACAGCUUAGACUUCCAACAUGGAGCUGAUGGGAAGAUCAAUCGGUUGGCCUCAGCAGGUGUGGACACAGCUGUUCGUAUAUGGAAAGUGGAAAAAGGACCAGAUGGAAAAGCAAUUGUGGAAUUCUUGUCCAACCUUGCCCGCCAUACGAAAGCUGUAAAUGUUGUGCGCUUCUCUCCAAGUGGUGAGAUCCUGGCAUCUGGAGGAGAUGAUGCUGUUAUUUUAUUGUGGAAGCUGAACGAUAGCAAAGAAUCAGAACCACUAGUUUUUCAGGAUGAAGAUGAAGCUCAGCUCAACAAGGAGAACUGGACAGUUGUUAAAACUUUAAGAGGCCACUUAGAAGAUGUAUAUGAUAUUUGUUGGACCUCAGAUGGAAAUUACAUGGCAUCUGCUUCUGUAGAUAAUACAGCUAUAAUGUGGGAUGUCAGUAAAGGACAGAAGGUUUCAAUAUUAAAUGAACACAAGAGUUAUGUCCAAGGAAUAACCUGGGAUCCUCUAGGCCAGUACAUUGCAACUCUGAGUUGUGAUAGGAUCCUGCGGGUGUACAACACACAAACCAAGCGUGUAGCAUUCAAUGUUACCAAGAUGCCAUCUGGAUCAGGAGCUGAAGGAGAGGCGAGGAGCUAUCGGAUGUUUCAUGAUGACAGCAUGAAGUCAUUUUUCCGCAGGCUCAGUUUUACUCCUGAUGGCUCCUAUUUACUCACUCCAGCUGGCUGUGUUGAAUCAGGAGAAAAUGUAACAAACACCACAUAUGUUUUCUCCAGAAACAAUCUUAAAAGGCCUGUCGGUCACCUGCCAUGUCCGGGAAAGGCAACUCUUGCUGUUCGCUGCUGCCCAGUCUACUUUGAGUUGAGACGAACAUUUAAUAAAGAUGAAAUCAGUCAGAAAUCAGCUUCUGCUCUCUUUAAUCUGCCCUAUCGAUUGGUGUUUGCUGUUGCUUCAGAAGAUUCUGUGCUUUUUUAUGAUACUGAGCAGUCCUUCCCCUUUGGUUAUGUUUCUAACAUACAUUAUCACACCCUGAGUGACAUAUCAUGGUCCAGCGAUGGAGCCUUUCUUGCUAUUUCUUCUACGGAUGGAUACUGCUCAUUUGUUACCUUUGAGAAGGAUGAACUGGGAAUACCACUGAAGGAGAAGCCACAGAUAAACGUCAGGACUCCUGGUGCAGCAGAGAAAAAAGUGAAAAAGAGCCAGUCGCAUAAAGCGAUUUCUCCAGGCUCUAGGCUGACAGAGGGGAUCCCUCCCAGCAGGGUCACUGAGCCCAGCACUCCAGCCCUGCAACCUAGAACACCCACAGCUGCCAAUAAGGAUGUGUCUUCCACACCUGUUGGCAUGAAAAGUGUUCCAGUCUCAUCCUCAGAUGAGAGGAAAUUCAGCCAGCCAGCCAGCCAGAGCACUAAAGUAAACCAGCCCAGGAGGAUUACUCUCAACACUUUACAAGCAUGGAGCAAGACGCCAAGGAGAAUAAACUUGAUUCCACUGAAGGCGGAUACACCAACCUCUUCAUACACAGAUACAGUUCCUGUACCUCCUUCCUCAGAACAAGAAUAUGAGAGGCCAUUACCAUCUGAUGACAGUUUCCAAAAUCCCCCAGCAUCUAAACGUCCUAGAACUGAUGAAAUGUCUCUUCCUACAUCUGCUGAAGAUCAAAUCAGUUGCAAUUCAAAUAAAGACUGAGCUUUUAGUAGGAUCUUCACAGUCUGAAGGCAAUGUAGCCGUAUCUGAGAGUGCAUUUCUUUUCACAAAUGUUAAAGCCUCAGUUCCUGAUUAAAAUACCAUGUGCAUAUGUGAUGUAGUGCUGUGAAGAAAGAAGCUGGCAGUAGAAGACACAGGUUUCAGGAAUGUAGCUUUGCAGAACAACAAAUAGUUGGGAAGUGACUUCUAAGUGCAUUUCUACUUCUUGAAGGCAGCAUUCUUCAAGAAAAGCCACAGCCUAAGGAAAUCAGGGUAUUGAAAAGUCAUUCAGUAACAUAAGAGCCUCCGUCAUAGUCCUGAAGUUGAUGUUCAUAAAGUAUUAUGUCUUCCAGCAACCUGUCUGGCAAAAGAAUAGAAUUUCUAAGGACUUAAAUGGAUUCAUAAUGAUUUGAUGUAGUUUAAGAUUAAAAAAAGAAGAAACAGUUUCAUUCAAGCAUCUUGGCUUCCAUGUUUAACAAUGUGCAAAGUGAUUCAUGCUCUUCAGUAUGUGUGGAAUGGAAGCUGAUGUUCACGUGCACUACGUGCAGCAGCAUACAAUAUGACUGCUAUGACUGAAACAGAAAUCAGGACCUGUAACUGCAAGAAAAAAAAGAAAGAAAAAGGAAGAAACCCUCUGAGGACCUGUUUUAGGCAUGAAAGAGCAGAAUAAAAUUCUUCGUUGUUUAUUUUCUGUAUUUUAAAAAAACGCAGAUGUGAGAUUUUAAUGAGGCAGCGAGGUUUGAGCAUAUGCAUUAGAAGUUUUCCCCUUUUCAUUUUUCCAAACUAAAUCCCUUAGCCAAUAAAAUCUAAAUCCAGUGUACAGUAACCUUGUAGAAGUUAUUUGCUUUUUACCAUUUAAUACUUGCUAUGUAGUUGAACUAAGACAUGCAGAUUGAAAACAAUGAGACCAAAAUAUUUGAACAUCACCACACUUGAUUAUCUGUGGUAUGCUGACUUGUUCUCCAGACACAGAAUGCUCAGCCACAACAUUCUGAGCUUGUCCACUUCAUUUUCUUUAACAUUAUGUACUUGUUUUUAAAAAAAUAACUCCUAACAUGUGAACAGUCAUUCUAGCUGAUAGUAGCAAUUAUGGUAAUUUCCUCUUAUGAUUUAGCCUACUGUUUUGUCAUUUGAAAUUCCACAGCACACAGGAGGAAAAAGCUGCAAUUCAAGUUAAAGCACUUUGACUUUCAUUCUUCCCUCGAUUUGGUUGGUUUUGAGGUGCGUAAUUUAAUUAGUGUUUGUUUUCUGUGAAAUUCUAAGGAAGUGGACUAAUACUUUAGAAAGGCAAAAAUACAAGUGCUUCAGAAGUGAUUCAUUAAAAUACCUAUGUCAGAGUGUUUCAAGCAAAUGAAGUGUGUUGCCUACAAUUCAACAUAAAUUAGUAAGUAAAGAGUUGUAGGAAACUAAUGGUAUCUUUGCUUUCAACCACAGAGAUGAGAAUGAAGCUUCACUAGACUUACCCAAACCUGUGUUUCCUUCUUUUCUUCUCGUGAGGAAUAUAAAGACUUAAUUACCAAUCAAAGCUGCAUCUAAAACUUUUUUUCCCCAAGAAGGUUUAUAGAUACUUAAAGCUUGUAGAGGUAUUUGAAUUGAUAGCUAAGGCAAAUAUGCAUUGCUGGACUUGCUAUUUUUUGUUCAGUUUGAGUUACAAAAAUCCUAGUAUUUAAUCUUCUUGUGGGACAGGGACCCACUUAGUACAGUACUGCAAUGUUUUGUUUUGUGCAUUGCAAAGAAUCUUUUGAAUUCACACCUACACUUCUAAGUACUAAUUGCAAAGCUGUCCUCAUGGAUAUUUAAAAAUUUUAUUCCUUUUUUUUUUUUUUAACACAGAGGUUUUCAAAGUAAACUACAUUUUCUGUUGAAAAUGAGUAGGUUAGGUAUAUUAAGUGUUGCUGGCAUACCUGGUCUCUGUGGCCCUCAGAUGCAAUUAAUGACUGGAGUAUUCAUCUUUAUUUCAUACCAUAACCAUUCAGGUGUUAUGUGCAUUUGUUUAUGUGGUGGCUCCUUGACUGGAGAUUAUUUCCACAUCAUGACAUCUGUCAGAAUGCUCUACCUGGUAUUUUGUCUUCCCUGAUAGGAAUUUUUUCUUUCCUUUAGUUCUCUCUUGCCAGCAUGAUUUCCAGCUUUGCUGUUUAUUCUGUUACGUACUACUUUGUUAUCAAAUUUAUACAGCACUAGGUUUUUAACCUGUUUCUAUAAGCGGAUGCCAUUGUUCAUGUAAUAAAUUACAGUCUUUAACACUGACAGUCAAAA